AUAAACUAUCAACCCCACCUUUCAUCUCUAGUCAUUUUCAUCGCAUCUUUUUCGUUCAGUUCAGCCACCACUUAGCAGGAAACAAGGUUAAUUAAGUGGAGUAGAAGCGAUGUCGGGGGUAUCAUUAGCAAUGUCUGGGCCUGAUGAACAUGGGAGCAUGAGCUUGAUGGGCUCAUUACGUGUGAUAGAGCUUCAGCUAGUGGCAUUCGUGUUAGUUUUCUCGGCGAGUGGCCUCGUGCCUCUUCUGGACCUAGCCUAUUCGGCCCUGAUCUCGAUCUACCUAAUGCUACUGGGGCGUUUCGCGUUUCCCUCGCAUGGUUUUGGGCCGGCCCACAUGUUCGAGGGAAGCGGGGCUUUCCACGUGUACGUGGUUAUUGGGAGCACGGUGGGCCUGUUCCUGCCGCUGGCCUACGUGCUUGGUGGGUUUGGGCGAGGGGACAAGGCCGCGGUGCGUUCGGCGAGCCCACACUUGUUCUUGCUGUCGUUCCAAAUACUGACGGAGAAUGUGAUAAGUAGCUUGACGCUGUUUUCGGGACCCGUGAGGGCCAUGGUGCCUUUGAUGUACACUGUGCGAAGGAUCUUUGUGGAUAUUGAUUGGACACAUGAUGUAUGGCUCAACAACACUUUGCCCACAAAUCCACACCUUAAGGAUAAAGCGUGGUUUUGGUUUGGGAGGAUAUUGGCGAUGGCUAAUCUGGUUUAUUUCUCCAUCAAUCUUUUUGGGUUCUUGAUACCAAAGUUCCUGCCAAGAGCUUUUAUGAGGUAUUUCCAAGAAAGGGAGAGAUUUAUGCAAAGAUAGCUGAAGAAAAGCGAUAUGUGGUCAACAAAAAAUCCCAUCCACACGAUAUGAAAUCACAUUAACUAAGGACUUUUGCCAAAAUAUCUUGCUAUUUUAAAGAGGUGAAUCGUCAUUCGAGUCUCUUACCUCAAAAGGAAAUCAUCUGGAGAAGUCAUGUCCCCAUGAAGUUGUUUUAGUACAUUUCUGCUUGGAUAGGUUCUGUAAUACAGCUACUUCUAACUCACGAAAAUCUUCCGAAAGUCUAUGAUGUUAUUAACAGAUCAUGUGUAUCUUCCUCUUAAAGAUUUGCUUUAUGUUUAAUGACUCGAGAAAAUACAAUAA